AUGGCCGACAGGGAUCUGCCGCUGCAGCAGCAGCUGCAGUUGCAGAAACUACAGCAGCAGCAGCAGCAGCUGCAGCAUCUGCAGCAGCAGCAGCUGCAUCAUAUACAGCAGCAGCAGCUGCACCAGCAGCUAUACCUGCAGGAGCAAGCAGAGCAGCAGCUGCAGCAGCAUGCAGCAGCAUAUACAGCAUCGGGGCCCCUCUCUCAGCAGCAGCAGCAGCAGCAGCACUUCGCCUCAGCAGCAGCAGCAGCAGCAGCAGCAGCAGCAGCAGCAGGAGAUGAAGGCCUCAGUCUCCUCAGCUACCCUUCCUGUGCUGCUAUGCUGCCGGGGAGCUUUCUGUAUGAGGAUAGCUGCUGCAGGCCGUUGGCUGUAUAUGGAGAGAGCAGCAGCUUCUAUGUGCAGCAGCAACUGCAGCAGCAGCAGCAGCAGCAGCAGCAGCUAAUGCAGCUGCAGCAGCUGCAGCUGCAGCACCAUGAGUACCAUCAGCUGCUGCUGCUGCAACAGCAGCAGCAACAGCAGCAGCAGCAACCAGCAGCAAUCCAAGACUCAACAGCAGCUCAACUAAAAGACAAGCUCUGCUCCUCUACCCCUACAACAGCAGCAGCAGCAGCAGCAGCAGCAGCAGCAGCAGCAGCAGCAGAAGAAGAGGGUAGUACUGCAUGCGCUUCUCCCCUCGAAGCUCCUCUUCCUUCUCCCUAUAACAAACAAAACAAAACGCAGCAGCAACAACAACCCCACCACAACCACCAAGGGGCCCUCAGCAGCAGAAACAGCAGCAGCAGCGAGACCAUCGCACACGCUGCUGCUGCUGCAGCAGCAGCAACAGCAACAGCAGCAGCAACAGCAGCAGCAGAGUGUGACGGAGAGGGGGGCGAGCUGCUGCAGGACGAUUCUAAGAACGAAACAGAAGGAGAUUUUGCUGCUGCUGCUGCUGCUCCAGCAGCAGCAGCAGCAGCAGCAGCAGCAGCAGCACAGGCUCCUGCUGCUGCUGCUGCUGCUCCAGCAUAUAAUAUCUUUAGCAGCGAAUUUGCUUCCUCUGAAAUAAUUAGCAGCAGCAGCCUGCCGCUGCAGGCGCAGCCGGACUUCUCUCCUGGUGUAAGAGGAUACCAGCAGCAGCAGCAGCAGCAGCAGCAGCAGCAGCAGCAGAUGCUGCUGCUGCAGCAACACCAGCAGCAGAUGGACGAUGACGUCCCUCUUAGAGUCACCUUACCCCCCACCAUGGGGGGGCUGCAUUCGCAGCUGCCGCUGAGCAGCAACAACUGCAGCAGCAGCAGCAGCAACAGCAACAGCUGCAGCAACAGCAGCAGCAACUGCAGCAGCAACUGCAGCAGCAACGCUUGCAUGCCUUCUUGCGGGAUGCAUUCUGCUGCUACUAUGUUCUAUGGCUGCGGCCUUUCAGCAGCAGCAGCAGCAGCAGAAGCAACAGCAGCAGCAGCCCGCCAUGUGCUUCAUCAGCAACGACAGCAGCAGCAGCAGCAGCAGCAGCAGCAGCAGCAGCAGCAACUGCAGCAGCAGCAGCAGCAAUGGAAAACGCAGCGAUACAGCUACACUAAGACACGCAACCCUGAAGCACCCGCAGCAGCAGCAGCAGCAGCAGCAGCAGCAGCAGCAGCGGGAGCAGGAGCAGAUGCUGCUGCUGCUGCAGCAGCAAGAAGAACAGCUGCAGAUGCAUAUACAUCGACAAAUGCAGCAGCAGAUCAAGGAACAGCAGAAGAACAGCUGCAGAUGCAUAUACAUCGACAAAUGCAGCAGCAGAUCAAGGAACAGCAGCAGCAGCAGCAGCAGCAGCAGCAGGAAGAAGAAUCCAUUGCCGCCUCGUUUUGCUGCUGGUCUCCAUACGCCUCCCCAGCUCAUCGGCAGCAGCAGCAGCAGCAGCAGCAGCAGCAGCAGCAGCAGCUUGAGGAGCAGCAGCAGCAGCAGGAGUGGGAGCAUGAGCGGCAGCAGCAGCACGAAGAGGAAGACGAGCAGCAAGAAUGGCAGCAGCAGCAGCAGCAGCAGCAGCAGCAGCAGCAGCAGCUGCAGCAGCAGCAGCAGCGGCGGGAGCAGGCUCGCCAGCAGCAAGAGUAUGAAUACGGAUCCGUGCAAGACUCAGCGGAGGCGGGGAGCUGCUGCAGCAGACCCUGUGUCUCUGCUGCUAUCCUGCAGCAGCUGCUGCAGGAGAUAAGCAGCUUGCGCAGCAGCGUCGAAGCAGCAGCAGCACUGCAGCAGCAGCAGCUGCGGCGGGAGCAGCAGAAGCAGCAGCAGCGUCAGGAGCAGCAGCAGCCGCAGCGGGAGCCGUUUAGCAUUAGCAGCAGCAACUCGUUUGAGGCACGACAGCGACAGCAACAGCAGCAGCAGCAAAGGCAGCAGCAGCAACAGGAGCAGCAGCAGCAGCAGCAGCAACAGGAGCAGCAGCAGCAGCAGCAGAAGCUUCCUGCAGUAGCUUCUGCUGCUGCUAUUUUCGAGCCGUCUGCAGCAACAAACCCAGGUAAAGCCUUCAUAACAACAACAAUUAAAUAUAAUCCAGCUCACCGCUAG